AUAUCACUCAAACCCUCAAACUCUUAAUCUGUUGAAAAAUAAAAUUAAAUAGGGGGGAAAAGGUAGCUAACAUGCUAAUGGAUAGUUGAGCUAGGAUACUUAUCACAUAAGUCUUCAAGGGUCCGCGUGAGUUUGAGUGACAUACAUUUCAUCAUUAGGUGAUGAAUUCGAGGGUCCAUGCGGAUGUCCACACGCCUGCUGCUCCUGCUAAGAACUUGCUUUAGACCAACAAUGCAUUCACCCCAGCCAAUAGACUUUAAGCCAACUUAAAUGGAGUGCAUCUGGUACACCUACUGGGCCAUCGGGUCAGCAGCAAAGCACAAUCAAGGCUUGAACUGAUUAGUUAGACUUGGUUAGGUUGGUAUUGAACAGUUUCUUUUUUCAGCAGGUUUGAUGGAAAUGAUUUAUGUGGGUAAGCUAAAUAAUUAGCUGCUAUCAAACUGAUAAGAGUCCAACUUAAUUAUUAAGCUUUACUUAAAUACAUCUGACAGCUUAACAACAACAUUUACUGGUAAUUUGCUAAAUAUUUGCCAUGUUUCACUCUCUUUUUUUGCAUUCAUUUACAUGUAAAGUUAUCUUGAUACAAUGCGAAAUUAUUUUGAUUGUAAGAAGUGACUCUUAAUUUGUACAUGUACAAAUGUUUGUUGCUUCCUGGGGUUGUUCAUUGUAGUGUAAAAAGUUUGCUAUUGUGUAAGUGUAUUUUUUAGGAUAAACUCCUUGAACACGUACAGUCUCAUUUACUUGGGGUUAUUUUUUGUUAACAAUUGGGAUUUCUGGACUAAAGUCAUACCAGAUGGGCACACCAGAUAUAAAAGUGUAACCAUCUUCACAUUUUCCAACAUCUUUUUGACAUUUUAAAAAAAAUCUGUGGCAGGCUAUGGAAAAGGCUGACUGUAAGAAACCACAGAGCGGGAACAAAAAGCUAAGAAUAUACCCAAAUUGGCCUUAACGGCCUAUCUUAUGGCCUUUUCACCAAAGAGUCACAGUCUUUCUUUUCUGAGUUCUCUGAGGGGAAGCAAUGAAAGUGAGCUGCGGUUGGGAGGUUUUCCAAAUAAAGAGCCAACUAUUCCAUUUUCUGAAUUCUUUAAAUGGUAAAUUGUCUCAUGAUCAGUGAUUAAAUUGGGUGAAAUUGCAAAUUUAAUGCAGAGAAUUUGGAUAAUCACAAGCCUCCUUUUGUAAUUGCACACACUUUCUUGCUCUUCCUCAAAUGUAAAGCAAGUUAGGAGCCAUUGCUUUCAAUUGCCUUCCACUUUAUCCAAUAAGGAAAGCUAGGCACCCAACUAAUCACUCAAGAUGCAAACUGGUUCAGAGGCUCCAUGCACCAUUUAUGAUUGGUCAGAAUCUGCCAGUCUUCAUUAAAAAAAAAAACCCUGAAAGCUCCAAAUGCACCAGCAUCCUCCACUGAGUCCAAAUACUGCAUUCAUUUUAUUCUUUUUAGGUUCUUUCACUGCAAACCUCAAACAUGAAGCGCUUGAAUUAUCAGCUGGAGCAUACCAGCUUUGUAGUAUACAUCAUUAUUUAAACUGUGAUGACGGACUGCUUGUCCACUCAACACAUUUCUGAUUUAUUGUUCUUUCUCUCUUCAAGCCAUCCCCCCACUGUUCUACAUUAAAUUUAAGACCCCCCCCCCCUCCUUUUUCCAUCACUAUAAGUGCCUCAUUCUUAACCAGACGGCUCUGCCUGACCCAUCCCACCACCGCCCACUUCUGAGUUCCCCUCUCCUAAUCUUUUUCCUCCUCAUGCUUUGAAUGGCAGAUCCUGCAGCAUCCACAGAAAGAUGGAGGGAUGCUGUAGGGAUGCUAGACAAGAGAGCGAAGAAGGCAUUUACGAGUAAUGUGCACUUUAUGGGAUCUCCAGUUUUUUAAAACACUAGAAAAAGGUACCUUUUCUUGGAUUGGAUGAAAAGCCAUUCUGGGAUUCUCUCCAGGUCACACUGCUAGAGUCUUUGCACCUCUGGACACGGCUCUUGAAGGGCAGGCUAGAGAGGGAGGGGAGACAAAGCAAGGAGAUACAGGAUACGGUAGAGGACGCGAGGAGGUUUUUGUUUUUUUUGUUUUUCCACGAGAGAAUGGGCGGACUAGGCUGGUGUCUCGCCACCGUCUUCAGUUGGGCAAAAUUUUUCUUCUAUUGCAUCUUUCCUUUCUGGAAGCCAGGGAAAAGCAAAAACAAGCCAGAGGAGUUGGAGGCUCUUCAUUCCCACACGUUCCGGGUGAAGACUUUCAAGAAGGCAAAGCACUGCAGCGUCUGCAAACAAACCAUCAUCCAAGACGGAUUCAUCUGCCGAGUGUGCCGAAUCGCAUGCCACAAGAAAUGUGAAGUCAAGGUGUCCUCAUCUUGUGUUCCAGCAACAAACUAUGAGUUGGCGCCGAGCAGUGACCUCCCUCUCAAACAUGUAGACACCAUGGGCUCAACAAAAUCCUCAAAGAGCAUGGAGUCACGGCGCAGGCCAUCGAGGAGUGCGAGUCUGCUGCAGGCCCUAGAGGAGAGCUACGAGCUGGACCUGAUCUACAUCACAGAGCGGAUCAUCUCUGUCUCCUUCCCCAGCAAUGUGGAGGAGCAGAGCUACGCUGCCAACCUGAGGGAGGUGGCCUCCAUGCUGCGAUCAAAACACGGGAACAACUACCUGCUCUUCAACCUCAGUGAGAAGCGCUAUGACAUCAGCCAACUCAAUCCAAAGGUUCUGGACUUUGGCUGGCCCGACCACCACGCUCCAGCCUUGGACAAAAUCUGCAGCAUCUGUAAGGCCAUGGACACGUGGCUGAGUGCGGACAGCCACAAUGUUGUGGUUAUACACAAUAAGGGCAAUCGAGGCAGAACAGGAGUGGUGGUGGCGGCUUACAUGCAUUACAGCAACAUAUCUGCCAGUGCCGACCAGGCUCUGGACAGGUUUGCCAUGAAACGCUUCUAUGAAGACAAAGUGCUUCCUGUGGGUCAGCCAUCUCAGAAAAGGUAUGUGGAGUACUUUAGCGGCUUGCUGUCCGGACACAUCAAGAUCAACAACAAGCCGCUGUUCCUCCAUCACGUCAUCAUGCACGGCAUCCCCAACUUUGAGUCCAAGGGAGGUUGUCGUCCUUUUCUCAAAAUCUACCAGGCCAUGCAGCCCAUCUACACAUCUGGGAUCUAUAAUGUCCAGGGUGACAGCCAGACCAGCAUCUGCAUCACCAUUGAACCUGGCCUCCUUCUGAAGGGGGACAUCCUGCUUAAGUGCUACCACAAACGCUACCGCAGCCCAUGCCGAGAUGUGAUCUUCCGGGUACAAUUCCACACCUGCGCUGUUCACGACCUGGGGAUUGUCUUUGGGAAAGAUGAGCUAGAUGACACAUUCAAAGAUGAUAGAUUUCCAGAAUAUGGAAAAGUGGAGUUUAUUUUCUCCUUUGGACCAGAGAAAAUACAUGGUCAAGGUGUGGACCACCUGGAGAACGGGCCGAGUGUCUCAGUCGACUACAACACUCAAGAUCCCCUGAUCCGCUGGGACUCCUACGAAAACUUCAAUCAGAACUGCGAGGACACCACAGAAGGUGAAAAUGAAGUCAUUCAUACCCAAGGACCCCUGGAUGGCAGCCUCUAUGCCAAAGUACGCAAAAAAGAAUCUGUUGACGGAGCAGUCACAUCAAACGGCCUUCCACCCUCUGCUAUUGAACAUGCUUUACCUGCGGUUGACCAUGCCUUGUCUGUGAGCAGCGACUCAGGAAACUCUACUGCCUCUAUCAAAACCGACCGAACUGAUGAAGCAACAGCAGCCCCUCCGGCUUCCACAGUGAACCAGACACACAUUCCUGUGGGUGAGGAGUUACCCUCGGUCCAUCAACACGCUCCACCUGCCCAACAGUCUAUCAGUCCGCAAGAGAAAAAGGAGCUAGAGCAGCUACUGAGUGGCUUGGAGGGGCCCAUGCACAGACAGGCCUUCCUAUCAGCUCCAGCAUCCGCUGUUGGAGGGAUGCUUCACCUGGUGCCCGCACAGGUCCAUGUUAAUGGGCAUGGUAACAUUGACCGUGAGACCGACAUUCUAGAUGAUGAGCUUCCUACCAGUCAAGAGGGCAACAGUGUUGACAGCCUUGGGACGUUCUCUUCCACAGAUGGGCGGGCUACACCAGCUGAUCUCUACUAUCAGUCUGAGUCCAUUAUCAAUGGUCAGGACCACGUGCCAUAUCUGGAGCGCAACGUCCCAGAAAAGCCUCUGGAAACCGUCCAACCACAGCUUGGCAUAUCUGGCAAGUCUGUCACGUUGCCCCACAGUGAUUCUACCCCAUUCUCUGGUAGUUACAUGCCUACUCAGAAUGGCAGUCUGUACCGCUCUCAGUCUUUUGGUGCAGAGUUAAAGUCAAUGCCACAAGCUCCCACUCGCACCACUAGUAGCAGGGAUGCCGUCCAGCGUGGUCUCAAUGUUUGGCAGCGGUUCGGAGUGCCAGAAGAGCCAGUAACUGAAGGCCUCACUUUUAGUCCGCCUCCCACUGUUGCAACCAUGCCCAGCCACCACAGCCUGCCACAGUUCCCUCAUCGCCACAGCGCUUCGCAACAAGAGAUUGAGCAAUCAAUUGAAACUCUUAAUCUCCUUAUGUUGGACCUGGAGCCAGGCCGUUCGCUGGUGACAAAGUCCCAAAGUGCUCCAUUGCGCGAAAACUCUGCUGUAGUGACCACACAGCCAUCCUUUUCUCAGAACCAAACCAGGCCCUCCUACCUGCCUGAUUCCACCAUUCACACCCAUUUUUCAGGCCCCAUGUCCAGCCACUCAUCACCGCCUGUGAAGCCUAGUGCAUCAGAACCUGCACCUGUCCAACGAUCUCCGAGUUACACCUCUGGAACAGCUUCAACAAGUACUUCCUCACAAGCCUCCCCCACUGUAAGUUGCCAGAUCAAGACAGUCAACACUUACCCACCAACAACGCUGCCCCAGUCUGCAGAGGCCUCUGAACCCCAGAAAAGCCCUAGUGCAUCUUCAGCAUCACCCCAGCCAAGAGACAGUGAGCCUGAUGAGGUCUUUAACAUUGAAGGUCUGGUGGCCCAAAGAGUGGCUGGCGUCCAGGCCCGUGUGUCAUCCUUGGAUGAGCCCACAGCUGCUCCCCGCCGUCGCAUCACCAGCGAAGGCCAGAACCAGAACGGACCAGAUGACAGUACGUCUCCUGAUGUCCCACUUCGCUCUCCUAUUCGGUGCGUUUCACCAGAGUUUGUCAACGCCAUAGCGAUGAACCCCGGUGGACGGCCAAAGGAGAAAAAUAUGCACAGCUAUCGAGAGGCCUUUGAGGAGCUGGAAGGAGGUCACAUCAGUCCUACACCCACAGUUGGUGGUGAGGUGUUUCCCCAAACCCCUGCCUUCCCCGUCUCACCGCAAACCCCUUACUUCAACCUAUGUCGCUCCCCUCCUGGUCUUGCCAAGACUCCACUGUCAGCCCUGGGUUUGAAGCCCCACAACCCAGCAGAAAUCCUCCUCAAUCAAACAGGCUCAGAUGAUGAAAGCAGUGAGGGUGAGGAAGCACCAAGAAGCUAUGUGGAGUCUGUCGCCAAGUCAGCAGUGGCAGGAGGAGAGCCAUGCACAUCACAUAGAAGCCUUACUCCGCUGGGAGAUGCUACAACCAAGCAGAGAAGUCAAAGUCCCACCACCACUCACACACUGAACCCACCUUUGUCCAGCAGCAGUCCCAUACAGAGCUCACCGGGCGAUCACCCUGUAGCAGAGAGCAGUGUUAGCACUCCGUCCCAACCCACUACUGAUUCCGGGUUCCGCUCCCAGCCUACAGAGAGUGCCUACCCCACUCCUACUCCAUCAUAUCAAGCCUUGAAUACCCCCACUUCAUCCUACCUGGAUUCUAGCUCUCCAACCUCCUCCUACCUUGGCACUGCAACACCCACACCACCUUACCUGGGUCCCAGCACCUUGUUAGGAAGCUAUGCAUCCUCAGAUCCCAACCCGCCCAGUUCAGAACCAGUUCAGACCACACUCGGCCAUGGAAGCCCCAGUAAACAGAUCCAGACCAACAUCAUUGGCUCUACUAACAACCCCGUCCUCCAGCAGCGCCCCAGUAGUAAUCAGGAAGUUCCCGCCAUGAGCCAGCAGACAUCACCAGCUAAUGGCUUUGAAGUGGGCGUGUCGGGUCUCAGUGGCAGUCCCGUCCUCGGUCAUUGUCCAUCUCAGGGAGCGCAGAGCAGUCCAGUCCUCAACAGGCAGGCUGCUAUGGGGCCAGGGCCCCAACAGAGCCCAGUCCUCAGCAGACAGCCGUCCCUCGGUCAGCCUAUUCAGAGCAGCCCUGUGCUCAGCCGACAGCCAUCGAUCACACAGGCUCAAGGAAGUCCGGUGUUGGGCCGUCACCCCUCCAUUUCUCAGAUGUCCCAGAGAAGCCCCAGUUUAGACCGUCACCCCAUGCACAGUGGUUACACGACACCAGAUGAACGACAUGGGAACCUGUCACGACAGAGCAGUUCUUCGGGCUACCAGGGACCACCAACUCCCUCAUUCCCCAUCUCACCUGCAGGCUACCAAGAUGGAGGGAUGAUGGGGAUGGGUUUAGGGUUCAGGCAGGGCAGUCCAGCCCCUGGAUUUCAGCCCCAGCUUCCAGAGAAGAGGCGCAUGUCAAGCGGCGAUAGACCAAACGGAGCGCUGUCCUAUGGCACGAUGAACGGGAAGAUGAUGCCCACAAUGAGUGGAGGAGGCAAUCCCAGCUACUUCCACACACUUUCUGACUUUUCAAGGUUCACUAUGACUGAUGGAAGCCCCGACAGCAGGCUGAACGUCAAGUUUGUUCAAGACACGUCCAAGUUCUGGUACAAACCUGACAUUUCCAGAGAGCAAGCCAUCAGCCUGCUGAAGGACAGGGAGCCCGGAGCCUUUGUUAUCCGGGACAGUCACUCCUUCAAAGGAGCUUAUGGCCUAGCCAUGAAGGUGGCGUCUCCUCCACCCACUGUGCAUCCGAACAAGAAAGGUGACAUCACCAAUGAACUGGUGAGGCAUUUCCUGAUCGAGAGCAGCCCUAAAGGAGUGAAGCUGAAAGGUUGCCCCAACGAGCCUUACUUUGGUUGCCUGUCUGCAUUGGUCUACCAACAUGCUAUAACACCACUGGCCCUCCCAUGCAAACUAGUCAUUCCCACCACAGAGCUCACUGAGGAAGUACCAGAGGUCACAACAGCAAACCCGAUGGCUGAAAGGCUGAAACAAGGAGCAGUGCUGAGGGCCCCUGCUGACUCCCAUGCAUGCAAUGUUCUCUACAUCAACUCAGUGGAGAUGGAAUCACUGACAGGGCCUCAGGCUGUCGCUAAGGCCAUAUCUGAGACACUGGCUGCUGCUUCUCCACCUACUGCCACCAUUGUGCACUUCAAGGUGUCCUCACAAGGCAUCACACUCACUGACAACCAGAGGAAGCUUUUCUUCCGACGCCAUUACCCUACCAACACUGUCACGUUCUGUGAUAUAGACCCUCAGGACAGAAAAUGGAACAAACCUGAGGGAGGAACAGCCAAGCUGUUCGGGUUUGUGGCGCGUAAGCAGGGAAGCACAACAGACAACGUCAGCCACCUCUUCGCCGAGCUGGACCCUGACCAACCUGCCAGCGCCAUCGUCAACUUCGUCUCGAAGAUGAUCACCUCGCAGAAACGAUGAGCGCUGUCAGCAAAAACCCCUCACGCUUUUUUUUUCAAAAUAACUUUGGUUAUUUUCCUUCCUUUUCUUUUAAACCUCACAGACGCUCUCGGCUUUCAGUUUUACGUAUCGCUUCAUUUUUCCUGCUCUUUCACAUUUAAGCCAACGCGUGUGUAGUUGUGAAAGAAUGAGUGCGCGUGUGUUGAGAGUGUGUUCGUGUGUGCGCGGCUUGCAUGCGUUUGCUUAUAAUCUUGGAUGGACUCCAGAAUGGACCAGAGGAAGUGCAGGAUGAGGCGUGGCUGUGUGUGACAAUGGGUAAGGGAGGCGACUUUAACCUCCCGGGCAGGGUUAACUCAUGAACAGGAAGAGGGAAUGACAUUGUGUGCAAAUGUUAUUUUUUUAGCAACUGUUUUAUUUUUUGUUUUUUUAAAAAAAAGAAGAAGUCAAGUAGUGUGAUGUAAAAGGUGGAUUGUGAAUCUAUCAGGCUUUUUUGACUGGUCAACCAAAGAUUUUAAAAAAGCAGUCAGGGCGGGUAUAGCGUGCCACUGACUAUGAGGGUCGGAAGUAUUCUUUUGUAAAACAAAUAUGGCUGCUUAAACAAAAAAUACUGUUUCUUUCUGUAUGUACUGAUACUGUAGGUCAAUUCUGCACCGUUGCCAUCUUGCAAAAAAAGAAAAAAAAAAGAUUUUUUGCAGCUGGUAAGGGUUGUGUAAAUACUCUAGAUUGCUUUUUUUGAGUAGGACUGUUCUAGAUAACAUUUGGUGCCUGACUUUCUUAACUAAAUGCACAGCUUUUAAAGAAAAAAAAGAAGAACCUAAAACAUAUCCACGCCGUCUUAAUAUAUGCAAAUAGCCAAAAUACCACAGGUCCUUCCCUGUUCGUAGUGUAGCUAAAGAUGCGACUGAUGUGCAGCUUGAGCCUGAAGAGAUCAGCUGAACCUUGCAUUCAGUGAGACCACAGAAAAAACAUUAUAGAACAGGCCACUGAAUCACUGCAUCCACAAGGCAUUGAUUGUAUCAGAGAAGCGUGGAGGAGGAGGGUUUGCUUCCCGUCUGCCACCAUCCUCUGUUCAGCCUCCGCAGCCACACCGUUCACUCAUGAUUGAAGGGCCGAGGGCAGUUUUUGUGAGGACGAUCUUUAUUUUAAAGAAAAAAGAUUUAGUCCUCCAAAUCUGCUCUGCACUUUUCUCUGCUCAAAGUUUCCAUCGAUGAAAGAAGCUCUCACCCUACCCAAAAGUAAGCUAUACAUAUAAAUAUACAUAUAUAGAUAUAAAUAUAUAUAUAUAUAUAAACUUCCAAACAGUGACUUAAGAUAUUUAUUUUUGUUGCUUUGUUGCUCUAUAUUAUCUUGUAUACAUGUAUUAUAAAGUAUACAUCAAGAUUACUGAAAGCAAGAAGAAAAGAUUGCUUUUAUUUUGGCUAAAGUCAAGUGCAUUGACGUAUAUAAAGGUGUAAAGUGUGUGCAUUUUAAAAGGGGUAUCACUGUUGUUUUUGAAUGUUUUUUUCACAGCAUUAUUUUCUUUUGUUAACAUUCUUGUUGUUUUCUUGGGGGAAAUAUUUUGUAUGAAAAAUGGUUGUUACUAAAAUCCAAAUUGGAGUUAUCCUAAAGUGAUGCCAACGCCGCUGUUUUAUUAACUUAAAACCUGCCGAGAAAAUACGUUGUCCAAGUUUAGAGCACUUAAAAUGUUAAAGUAUUAUCCGUGUUUUUGUUGUCAACCGAGUGGAGGGGAGCUGUUGACAGACCUGUGUCAUGUCCCUGCGUGUAUUCAGGCAGACUAUCGGGGGUCCUUACUUUCACACUGCCUCACAGUAGGUCUGAGGCUUUUAACAGCAAAACCAAGUCAGUUUAGUAAGUAGCUGCUUCCCCCGUGUGGCGCAAAAGGAUCACUACAAAGGAGCCACUUUUAAUUUAAUACAGUGUUUUAGCUGUGAAAUAUUGAGUUAACACAAUUUGAUCACUGACAAAACUUAAAUGAUUUUGUAGUUUUCUUGACAAACAAAAUUAUUUUGCUUUUUCAAUUUUAAUUAAAGGAAUGAGCGGCAAUGAAAACUCCCACCUAUGGCAGCAUGAUGCAACAUAAGUAAGGGUUAGUUUGGGGGCCUAUUUGGACUCAAACCUACGUCUCCAAAAAGGAAAAAAGCAACGGAGCCCUUCCAGGAGUUUUAUACCUGACUAGAAUGUUCCAUUAUUUAUUAGCAGGAGCUUGCAUGCUCGACUCAAAUUGUAACCGUCGGCCUGUUGACUAAUCUGUGCACAGCAUCUUCAUGACUCAUUUAAACCAGCCUUUCCGCAGAGAAGCCCAUAGGAAGAUAUCAGUGCGAGUUUCACGUGACGACUGCCUCUUGGCUCAGCUUAUAAGACAAAUAAGCUUUUUUGCCUACAAACUCCUUCUUGAGGGGAAAAAAAGAUAAAAGACUUCCUAACCAUGAAACUGAAUGUCAGUCAUUUGUUUGCCAAGAUGGACACUCCAGUGGCGUCUGCCCACUCUAGACAGAUCAGUCUGGACCCAAGAAUGUGUGUGAAUGAGCUACUAUUCCUGUAUAGAGCUUUGUCAUGUUGUUUUGGUUUGCUACAUUGUAUGGCUUUUACUAUUUCUGAUGGAAAAAAAAAACACAUUAAAAAGCAGUACAAAUCAAAA